CUUGUGGCUGGUGGGAGGAGUGUGGCAUGGCGGCUUGCACAAGAUGAUUACAACAUAAUUUAUGUUAACUAUUUGGAGCCAUCAGUUUUGUACACCACUCAAAAAGCAAUGGAUAAUAUGCCAGAGUUGUAUGACAUCUUCCAAGGAGAGGUUGCAAAUGUCACAGAUUAUGGAGCAUUUAUUAAAAUUCCAGGUUGCACAAAACAAGGCCUUGUCCACAGAACACACAUGUCAUCUUCUCAUGUUGACCGUCCUUCAGAAGUAGUAGACGUCGGUGAGAGAGUGUGGGUGAAGGUUAUUGGUAACGAGGUAAAAGAUGGGAAGCAGAAAAUCUCCUUAUCCAUGAAGGUUGUACACCAAGGAACAGGGAAAGAUAUAGAUCCAAACAAUGUGGUGUUGGAACAGGAUGCACGAAAGAGACGAGAGUUUAAGGACUACAGCAAGCAGAAGAUAACACUGGAGGCUGUAUUGAACACUGUGUGUAAUAAGUGUGGAUGUAAAGGACAUUUUGCGAAAGACUGUUUCAUGCAACCUGGAGGAACAAAAUACAGUUUAGUACCGGAAGAAGAUGAGGAUAAGGAAGAUAAAACAAACUCUGAGAAGACUGCUAAGAAAAAAAAGAAGGUAGUAGAUGUUCAAUAUCAGUACAGAUCUUUUAGUAAGGGGAGACUCCCCACUACAAAAAGAGAAAAAUAA